GUAUUGAAAUGGAUCAAUGGAGUCAUGCAUAACCUAGUACGCGGCUGAUAGGAACAGUCAUUUCCACCAGUUCCAGAAAUCAUUUUACUUCUACUGUUUCUAAAGCCAAGCCAAGUCCGCACUAGGCAUGUAGUUGCGGCACCAAUACACGUCCAUUCCGUUGCACCUCGACACCUGAACAAGUUAUUAAGUCACAGGUCAUUGGACAAGCUUCCGCCCGCCCGAGUUGCUGGCUCCCAUUUGUCCCAUUUGUCCUCUCCCCAGGUUUGCGGUGGGGUUUGGGGAAACCGGCCGUGCUAUUGGCCACCGCCUAGUUCUUGAGGGGCUGUACGUGUAUCUACAUAACGAUCUUGAAUGCUCACCUGAAUCGUUUGUGUAUAUUCCUUCGAUUCCACUACAGUCAGCACCCAGCACACAGUUUGCUAGACAUUGCAUGUGAUAAGGGUCCAUAUCCAUCAACCACCCUAAAAUACUAAGUCUUACCAACAUAUCUCGUCCUUUUACACACAAAACAACACAGAGUACAACACCAGAAUCUGGGCAAACUUGGGCAGAUCUGGUGAAAUCAUGACGACCUCUACUACCAUCAAGCAGCCGGACGUUCAACAGGUUCUGGGACAACUCUUACCCUCGCUCCCGGCCGCUGCAUUAUCCACGGAGCCGACAGAAACCGUUCUGCCUAUUCUCUCCCCCAUUCUUAGGCAACGAGUCCAACUUUUAUCAUCAGCAUCUAGUUCAGACCCAUGGAUUCGAUUAUUGUGUUAUGACACCUCAAAAGUGCCUAGGUUGACGGAGAUUGCGCAGAGCGAUCGAUUAGAACCUCACCCCGCGUCUGGAGAAGUGGAGAUCGACUGGGACUACGAUGCCGAGAUUCGUUAUCGACGAGUAGAUGAGGAAACUCUUCAGGCGCUCGUGGUUUUUAAGGAGCUAGAAUUAACGUUUCGUUUGAUUUAUUGUGUCGGAGAUCCGCUCGGCGACGGUUGGAAAGUCGGCGAAGUUAGCGUCGCUGAAAAGCCAUCCCCAUUUUCUUCAUUUGGGGGGGUCUCGAGUAUCGUCGAGGCCGAGAGACAAUUUAAGGAAUCGAGGUCGAAAACUUCGCAGAGCCAUGUCACAGUUAGUCGAGAUGUUCCUUUGACGCAUGAUGACGAUGAGGAAGAUGACGACGAUUACUGGGCGAGGUACGAUGCGACGCCUGCGAGAACCCCCGCGAUCAAAAGGUCACCUGCGCCGCAAUCUGGACACGGGACUGCUGAGGAUGAUUACUAUGCUCAAUAUGACGAUGUUCAGCCGGCCAUGGAUAACCAUGAUCCAGACGAGGAAGAAAACCUUCGCAGUUUAGCACCUCUAGGUCUAGGCUCAAGACCUGAAAUCCCCAUUACAAAUGGGAGCGAUGAUGAGGUAGAAGUUAAUGAAACUCAAGGCUCAUGGACACUUGCCAAUCCGCCAAGAUCGCCCUCUACUCACUCGAGAAGAAGUGGCGAUGAUCCGAACUUAGUUCAUCCCCACCCGAGACCUGCUUCGAGCGCCGGGUCCAAUGCGUCGGUCGAGAAGCUCGAGGCCGCAGCAGCUAAACAAGAGCAGAGCGACUUUGGGGUUAAGCAGCACGUGUCUCGAAGUAUUAAGAGCUUAUUCCAGCUAUCCCGCGCAUCAGGGAUUGAUCGCGAGGAAUUCGAACGAUUGGUGAAAGUGGAACUAGACAUGCUAGGAUUGAUGGAAGAUUGAGAAUAUUCAAGAAAAUAUACGGAAAUAUAGGAUCGCAUUUAUUUAAGGUUGGGAGAGCUGAUCUCCCCAGGUAUUUGAAUGGUGAACGGCGUCCGGGGUUUCGAUUUUGGCGGGUCCCGAAGCUUGGGAUUUCUGGUUAUUAGUAAAGUUUGUUGGGGUGCUCCGGGGACCGAGUUACAGCGCACGGCGUAACUAUUUCAGGAAUAUCUUGCAUCUCGCGGUGUUGGUUGGCUAUCAUGGUCAUGGUUAAAGACAUCGGAUGGUUUGGUCAGAAUAGCGAGCACAUUUAAAUAUUCACAAGUAUCCGGCCAAGUCUGUAAAGUUAGGUUAAUUAAAAUAAUUGCCAUUAAA